GAUGAUCGAGAUCGAUCGCCGUCGAUCCGCGAGCCGGCCCAGCCGAAUUCGCGGCUCGACGCGGAUCGCGAUUCUCAUCCGCGCCUGUAACGCGAUAAGGAUCGAGCGGGCGAGCGAAGCGAUAACGGGUAAACGAUAACGGGGCGGACGAGCGGAAAGAAAGGGGUAUUUAGGUCCCGAUGGCUGCCAGUUGCGACGAUGAACGCGUCGCGGCCGAUUGCUGCUCCUCGUCGCUGAACAAGUGUCUUCGCGUCUAUCUCGUUGCGCUGUCCGUCGUCGUCGUCAUCGUCAUCGCCGUCGCCACGCGAAAAACCCACACACGGACGCGGAUACGGAUACGGACAGGUGCGCGCCGAUCGCGGCGAGGAAGAGAAUCGAGAAUGCCGCUGUUCAAGGCGCGGGCCACGCCGAGAUCGCCGGCAACGGAGAAAGCUGCGAACGGCGUGCAGUAUCGCAACCACCAGCAGCAGCAUCAUCAUCAUCAGGCCGGUGGUGGUGACAACGGUCAUGACAGCGGUAACGGUACCGGUAGCAGCCGGUCGGGCAACGGCGCUCCUUCUCUUCAGCACGAGCAGGCGAGAUCACCGGCCCGGGACCCGAAGCCGUCGACGCUGGUCUUCCACUGCCAACUGGCCCACGGCAGUCCCACGGGACUGAUAUCCGACUUCAGCAAUGUUCGGGAGCUGUACCAGAAGAUCGCCGAGCGCUACGAUCUGCCCGCGGACGAGAUUCUCUUUUGUACACUCAACACGCACAAAGUGGACAUGACGGAGCUAUUAGGUGGACAAAUCGGCGUGGGCGACUUCAUCUUCGCACAUAAGAAAGGCCGGCCGAAAGAAAUCGAACUGGUGAAAACGGAUGACGCGCUGGGUCUGACGAUCACCGACAACGGCGCCGGUUACGCUUUCAUAAAGCGCAUAAAGGAGGGUUCCGUGAUCGACAGGAUAAAGGUGAUCGAGGUGGGCGAUCAUAUCGAGAGGAUCGAUUCGACCAGCCUCGUCGGCAGGCGGCACUUCGAGGUGGCGAAGAUGCUGAAGGACAUACCGAAGGGCUCUACGUUCACGCUGAGGCUGGUGGAGCCGCAGAAGAACGGCUUCGGCAGCAUCGGGCCGCGCGGUGAUCUCAAGAAGGGAAAGAAAGCCGGUUACGGAUCCGGCAAGGAGACUCUCAGAUUCAAGGCCGACGGCAGCGCUCAAAUCGUAGAGCAAAUCGAUGACGCCGCCGCGAUAGGCGUCGAGAAGAUUAACACAAUCUUGGAGAGCUUCAUGGGUAUCUCUGAUACGGAGUUAGCCACGCAAAUCUGGGAGCUUGCCGAGGACAAAUGCAACAGCAUAGAUUUCGCCGAGGCGAUAGACAACUCCGACCUGGAGGACUUUGGUUUCACCGACGAGUUUGUGAUCGAAUUGUGGGGUGCCGUGACCGACGCCAGAGCGGGUCGGCAUCGAUGACGCGAGGACGCGAAUGAUGUAGUGAUCAGAUGAAGUUAUUUGUGAACGGACAACGAGUGCUUUCCUAAUUGAGAGAAACGACAUUCUCAUUUUCGUGAUCCAGACUAUUCCAGAGGCCUAUUCGUGGGCGUGCGUUUAGCGUCACUCGUAAAUUAUUUUCUCAAUUUUUUUACGUUAAAGAAAAUAAUUUGGUUUGCGAAUGUUUCUCGAAUUUUCAAUGCCAAAGAGUCGAAUUUUUGGCAUAUUCGAAUCGGACCUAAAUGCACGGCGACGAUACAGAAAUCUGUAAUAUUCCGUAUCGUACAUUUUGUGUCAUAUGGCAAGAACGUAGGCUCAAAUUGGAGGAAAAGAGAACAAAUCUUUUACAGAUUGUGUUGAAAAUUGAUUGUGAAACUUUUUCUACUUUGACGGCGAAAAGAGACCUUUCAAUAUUUUUCAUAAUUACCUUAAAUAUAAUUAUAUAAAAGAAAUUAUUAUUAUUAAGUUAUGUCGCUAAAUUCCUUCUCUAUUUUAUCGAAGCACUAAUCUCAAUUUCUUUGUAACCGCAAGAUGAUCCUGUUCUUAUUCAAAUCGAUAUCGAUCAAUAUUGAAAAAAAACAUGCAUAAAACAAUAUUUAAAAUUAGCAACGAUUAAUAUUAAUUAUUUGAACGAUAGCGUAAACAUGUUGAUGACUAAUGUUAUCAAAUGACGUCAUCACAUUGGUAUCGAUAUCGACGAUAUUGUUUUAACACGAAGCCGUAUUAGUAUUUAUUAGUAUCCAGACAACACGUGUAUUUAAAAGACAUCAGGAGAGCGUUUGGCAGAUGUUAUACUAGUAGUGAUAACAGUGGAUUAAUAUAUUUUAAUGCACAUGUAAGUUUACACAUUAUGCGAGCGUAUAAGCGUGCGAGAAAUGAUUAUAUUUAGUCCCGAGAAAUAAAAGUCUUUGUAACAAA